AUGACGAUUGAAACGGCUCAGAAUCAGGUGCCCCUGGGCAUGAUGGCCAAGGGAGCCUCUACUUCUCCCAUGUCCACCACCUUUGACGUGCUGAGUCGAUACUACCUCUUCACAAAUAGUCAUCAGAAAGUCUGGUGGGAGAAGACUGGCCGUCUGUUGGACAAAAUCUUGGCCUCAGCUGGUUAUAACCCUGCCCGACGCUUGGAGGCUCUCACGUUUUACGGUCAAGUUUUGAUUCCACAACUGGGUCCAUACCCAUAUGUUUUCCACAGCGCCAUUACUCGAAGUGGGCUCCCCGUGGAAUUUAGCGUUAACUACCAGCAAAAUGGAAACGUCGACCCGGUGGUCCGCAUCGGAUUUGAGCCCGUCGCUGCAGCGUCUGGCACAGAACAAGACCCCUACAACCAAAAACCAACAUUCGAUCUCUUGAACCAACUGGAAAAGUUGGAAAUCCCCGGUUUUGACCCUGAGCUGUUCCGGUAUUUCUUGGAUGUGCAUACCGUCAAUGCCCACGAAAGAGGGUUGCUGAAAGAAAAGAAGAUCGAAGGGAGCGAACUAACCUCCCAAGCGGCUUUCGGGUUCGAUCUGAAGGAGAAGACCAUCUCCGUCAAAGGCUACACAUUCCCAGCCAUCAAAUGCAAUGUCAACGAGAAGGGGUUCGGCAAUUUCAUAGCUGAAUCAAUCCAGCCCCUCGCAGCGCAAAUGGGGCCCAUCCCCUCGUUUGAUAUGGUGCACGCUUACUUGGAAGAAACCAAUGGCUACAGCCAAUUUGCUUUCUGGUCAUUUGAUUGCGUUGACCCUGCUCAAUCGCGCCUCAAGCUCUAUAGCUCACACAACAGUGUCGUGUGGUCCAAGGUUGAGGAGAUAUGGACUCUCGGCGGCCGAGCCAAGUCUCCUGUCGUUCAACGAGGCUUAGAGUACUUGAAAGAACUGUGGCAGCUGACCAAGCUGUCUGAGGGGCAUCGUGAUUUUAAUGGUGGCUUUGACGACGGCGACAAGUCCACCAGCAGCCCGAUGGUGUGGAAUUACGAGAUGAAGAAGGGCGAGGCCACCCCACUCACGAAGUUUUACUUCCCCAUCCACGGAGAAAGUGAUCAGAAUGUUAUCAGUGGCCUGGCUGAGUUCUUGUCUCGUAUCGGGCUUUCCAAAUAUGGUGACAACUACGAGGCGACAGUUCAGCACUAUUUCCCCGAGAGAGAUUUGAGUAAGACGGCUCGUCUUACAUCAUGGAUUUCCUUCGCAUAUACGGAAAAGACGGGGGUUUACCUGAGUGUCUACUACCAUUCCUCGGAUGAGUAUCCAUGGUUGAAACUGGAGGAGACCGAACGAAGCAGUUGA